AUGGAAGGGAAAAAUCAGUCCAGCAGAAUUACGGAUUGGGUCACCCAAUUAUCUGACUAUGGUAUCGAGUUCGAGCCCCGGCGCGCCAUCAAAGCCCAGGCCCUUGCCGACUUUAUUGCAGAAUGUGCCCCUCGACCAGAGACUGUCGAAGAAGGAUCUUGGAGUCUCUUUGUGGACGGGUCUUCAUCAAAGGUGGGAUGCGAGGCUAGACUCUUGAUCCUUGAUCCCCAGUCCAACAUGACCGAGUACGCCGUCAAGUUCGACUUCACUGCUUCGAACAAUGAGGCCGAAUACGAAGCACUACUCUUGGGCAUUCAAUUAUGUAAAGCGGCCGACGCUCGAGAACUCAAAACCCACUCCGAUUCUCAAUUGAUAGUAGGGCAGGUAACUAGGGAAUAUGAGGCUAAGGAGGAUAGCAUGCGCAUGUAUUUGCGGAAAGUAAAAGAGGAGGUCGCCAGUUUAUCUCACUUCUCAAUAACUCAUAUCCCUCGAUCGGAGAACCAGCAAGCAGACGCCUUGUCAAGGCUAGCUAGUUCAGGAGAAGACCUCUCGCCUCGGCCUAUAAUGUGGGAAAUUCUGAGGGCACCCAGUAUCAACAAGGCAGUGAAUACCCUCGAUAGGAGCCCUACUUGGAUGGACAACAUCAUAGCUUUUAUUCAAGAUGGCAACCUCCCUGACAAUGAACUCGAGGCCGAGCGUAUACGGCGACGAGCAAGAUGGUUUGUAUAUCACGAGGGCCAGUUGUACAAAAAAUCGUUCACCCACCCGCUUCUUCGUUGUCUCACCCCCGGAGAAGGAGACUACAUCCUUCGAGAGACACAUAGAGGAUCGUGUGGAAGUCAUCAAGGAGCACGGACCAUCACUGCGAAAGCAUUGCGAGCAUGGUAUUACUGGCCUACCAUGAGGGAAGACGCCUCGACCAUGGUCAGAAAAUGCAAAGAAUGCCAGAUGCACACUAACUUGCCUCAUCAAGCUGCAAGUACCCUCACUACUAUCCAGGCCCCAUUGCCCUUCGACAUGUGGGGCAUGGACCUCCUAGGACCAUUUCCACCCGCAUCCGGCCAGCGAAGGUUCCUACUUGUAGCAGUGGAUUAUUUCACUAAAUGGGUCGAAGCAGCACCUCUGGCUUCGAUUACUGACAAGCAUGUUCAGCAAUUCAUCUGGCAGCACUUAAUCACAAGGUUUGGAGUCCCUCGAGUACUCAUAACAGACAAUGGCCGCCAAUUCAAUAGCGGUCCUACACGCGACUAUUGUUCUAGGUUCGGGAUUGAGACCAGAUUCUCUGCCGUUAGUUGA